AUGUACCCGACCGUUGCGAUAUCGCUUCGCACUCUCGCUGCUUACCACCAAUCUCAUCGUACAUGUCCUCGCUUUGGCAUCCAAGCGCAAUGUAAAACACUUGCUUUUCUUCAUGAUAUUCCGUAUCGCCUGUACCUCAACAUGCAAUUCUCUGUUGCUUACGACAUCUAUUUAGAGAUCCGCCAUUGUGUGCAACAGCGUUUGCAGGCACCACUCGGGCGUGAUACACCAAAUUGGUGUUUAUUGAAUUCCUGCCCUGCAUGUUUCUAUAAGCUCCGAGACGAACCCAAGCUUGAGUUUGACUGGCUUAUAUCCAUUGAUGGCAACAAUAGCUUGAAACGGUGGGAUUCCACGAUAUAUGGGAACACUCCACGUGUAGAUUCUCGAUGGGCUCGUUCGGACUAUUGGGUUGAACCCAAAGCUGUGGACCGGUUUCAAAAUGAAAUUGCUUCACAUGUUGAUGAUUGGCAGGAUGAGCCUGUUGAGGUAAAUCCUUCUCAGUCAUUCUCUUUCUUUGACGAAUCCAGAAUAUUCAUCGCCGCAUGUCGCCACCGUUUCGUACUUGUAGCAUGUGAUAUGCUUCGAAGCGGUGAACUGGCCAAAUAUCCCCUGGCGCUCAUUGACAAACUCCUUGGUGUUUACGGGCCUAACGGAGGCUGUGCUUAUGAUAUAGGAUGUGCGUUUUCAAAAACAUUGAGCAGUAGUUCCUUGGCGUCUCAAGUGAAUAACCUUGGCUUCCGAAUGAUGUUACACUGGCAUCUGUUGUAUAUCCCCGGAACAGGACAUAGUGAAGGCGAAGGGUGCGAGCAUAUCUUCUCAGCUUCAAACAAACUUGCUCGGAGCACCAGACAUGCGAGUCCAUUCCAUCGGCACCAAUCCAUUGAAGAGCACUUCUCAUUUUGGGAUAAGGACAAAUAUGCGGUCCUAAGUAAUUUUUUAUGGAAUCAUUAUCGGGAGGCAUUGAAGGUGAUCACGACCCUCACCGUCGAGCUAACGAUCAUCAAAGCUGAGCUACAACUCACCGAUGAUGACUUCCCUCGAUUCCUCCAUGAAGAGUGCAAUUAUCUUGAGAGUUUGAAGGAGCUCCCUGUAAAAGACAACCUCUGUAUCCGCUAUGUCGAGGAGCUUGUGGCCCAUAUGGAGAUUCAGCUAAGCAUUGACGUAUGGUGGGAGAUCGGUGGCAAAGAAUAUAAACACUUCAAAGAUGAAGCUUCACUCAGUAAAUAUCAUACGGCACUUGAUGAGCUAGAACGGCUCAUCGUCAUGAGGUUUGAACUCUCGAAGUUGUCAUUGUCCGGCACAGGGUAUAAACUACGGCAACAAAUCAGCAAGGCCUUACAGCGGUGUUCUGAAACUAUUCGGAAGGCUAUUACUCGCUACAAUGUUCAGGCUGCAGCCCUGAAUCCACCGCGUCCAAAUAUUUUGUGGAAGGAUAUUGCAGAUUACAGUUUUAUUGCCGAGUUUGACCUUUUACGCCACUCACGCACAGACAUCGGGAGCAAUGAUUGGGCUAAGCCAGUUCAUCGAGAAGCCACGACAAAAAAUUUUAAGCUUCUCCGAGCAUCUGGUAUCAUACACGACCUGCUUAUUUCAGACCCAUUGCUUGGCCGCGAGUUGAAGCGCCAGUGGUGUUCACGAGCAGCUAUCAAUGCUGUACACUCAUAUCGCUUAGAUCAGAUUGCGGGUCUCACCGGAUUCUCUGGAGUCAAUACUGUUGGCAUCCGCCUUGAACUCACUGCAAAUGCUCAUGUAUUGAAUGCUGGUCAUAUCUCUGUACCACAAGAGGACAGGGACGAUGUUCUGGCAAUCAUCAGGUCAGACUAUGAUAAUAUGGAAGCCAUUGAUCGAGAGGAAGACAAGGCAGCGACACAGGACAUGGCAGAUUACUUACAUUCCAUCAUUGACUGA